AAGUGACGAUGGAGAUCACAGAAGAGACCCUAAAAAGCCCAAUAUUGCUUGCUUGCGCAGCCUUCUUCUUUUCUCUAUCCUUUCCUUUUCUCGAGAUUCUAUACCCAUAUAAAUAAUCACCCCCCUCCCUCUUCUCUCUACAUAUCAUCCUACAGUGUUUAAGGACUACCAAAUUCUACUUCUUCCAGCAAAUCUCUGCAAUGGUGGCCGAUCAGAAGGGAAAAUCGGAUAUCUCCUUUGCUGGAACCUUCGCCAGCAGCGCAUUCGCUGCUUGCACAGCCGAGUUGUUUACAAUUCCAUUGGACACUGCCAAAGUAAGACUUCAACUUCAGAAGAAAGCAGGCCUAGGCGAAGCAAUAUCAUUACCAAAAUACAGGGGAAUGUUGGGGACAGUUGCAACCAUUGCGAAGGAAGAAGGAAUUUCUUCCCUUUGGAAGGGCAUUGUUCCGGGCUUACAUCGUCAAUGCCUAUUUGGAGGACUAAGAAUUGGAUUGUAUGAACCGGUAAGGAAUCUCUAUGUGGGAGAGAAUCACGUUGGUGAUGUUCCUUUAUCAAAGAAAAUACUGGCUGGACUUACCACCGGUGCUCUUGCAAUAACAAUUGCAAAUCCUACUGAUCUUGUGAAAGUUCGACUUCAAUCUGAAGGAAAAUUGCCUCCUGGUGUGCCAAGGCGUUAUUCUGGCGCUCUAAAUGCUUAUUCUACUAUAGCGAGACAGGAAGGUGUUAAGGCUUUGUGGACAGGACUGGGCCCUAAUGUUGCCAGGAAUGCCAUUAUAAAUGCUGCUGAACUAGCUAGUUAUGAUCAAGUGAAGGAGACAAUUUUAAAAAUUCCAGGCUUCACUGAUAAUGUGGUGACCCAUCUGCUGUCUGGUUUAGGAGCUGGUUUUGUUGCAGUCUGUAUUGGCUCUCCAGUUGAUGUGGUUAAGUCAAGAAUGAUGGGAGAUUCAACUUACAAGAACACACUCGAUUGCUUCAUGAAGACUUUAAAGAAUGAGGGACCCUUAGCUUUCUACAAGGGUUUUCUGCCAAACUUUGGACGUUUAGGAUCUUGGAAUGUCAUCAUGUUUCUAACAUUGGAACAGGCCAAGAAACUUGUUAGAAAAAUAGAGGCGCCUUGAGCAUACAAGAAAGGUGUUUGAUGGGGGAAUAUGAACUUUGCUUCUCGGUUUGUCAUGGUUUUGAACUGUUUCUUGGUAUCCAAUAAGUGUUUUAAGGCGAAAAACUAAAUUAUUGCUUCUACUAUACAAAGGAAGGAUUAAUUAUUCCGUUUGUAUUCUUGAAUAAUCAAUUUCCUUCCAAUCA